ACGGACCUCGGCAACAUCGUCAUCGAGCUCAAGCCCGACUGGGCGCCCCUCGGCGUCGAGCGCUUCAAGGAGCUCAUCACCGUCGGCUUCUACGACGACGCGCGGUUCUUCCGCGUCGUGCCCAAGUUCAUCGUCCAGUUCGGCCUGAGCGGCGACCCGGCCCUGAACAAGAAGUACAAGGCGGCGAACCUCCAGGACGACCCCGUCGCCGUGUCGAACACGCGCGGCACGCUCGUCUUCGCGACGGCCGGCCGGAACACGCGGACGAGCCAGAUGUUCAUCAACUUCGGCAACAACGGCUUCCUCGACAAGCAGGGCUUCUCGCCCAUCGGCGUCGUCACCGAGGGCCUCGACAUCGCCGAGAAGCUCAACGCGGAGUACGGCGAGUCGCCGAACCAGGGCAAGAUCACGACGCAGGGCAACGAGUACCUCAAGGCCAACUUCCCGCGCCUCUCCUACAUCAAGAAGGCGUCCCUG